UUAACUGAUGCUGAUCAAGAACUAUAUAAGAACUUUUCUAUAACCAUAUCUGAAAGAUGGCAAAAUGAAGUUGCUGAAACAGUAUUUGAAACUGUUAAUUCUGAGGCUGAUAAAGCUGAUCAAAAAAGAAAGUCUAGGCAAAAGAAAUUCAAUGAACACAAUGAAGAAGAAUCCGAUUGCAUUCUUCACGGAUAUAUAAAAAAGUUAGGUGGACCAUUCGCAUCUGCAUGGCAAACAAGGUAUGCUAAACUAUACCCUAACCGGUUAGAGUUGCAUUCAGAUUCAGGAUCWGUAAAAACUGAAGUUAUCACAUUAGACCAAGUAUUAGAAGUCAGUCCUGAGUUAGUAAUUGUUAAAAAUGAGCAAUGCAUUGUAUUACGCAUGAAAGAUGGAAAAGAUGGCAAACUAGUUCUUACCAAUAGUGAUGAAAUUGGCUUAAAAGAGUGGGCAUUAUCAUUACGCUCUACACAUAAAUCCACCCAUGAUCUGUUAAAAAAAUUGAAAAAACCAGGAAAAAUGUUUAUUCAAGAAGAAGCUGAUCCACUAACAUCCACUACAAACACCAAUGGAAAUUAG